AUGAAUCUUCAAAGGAGGAUUGCUAUCAAUAUCUUGGCGUUGUCAGCCGCCUUUGCCGCAGCUGUCCCGCGUAUAAUGGAAUACCAGAGAUACUCGUUAAUCACUCGAAGCGAUGACGACGAAGAUGAUGACGAUGAUGAUAAAAAGCGCGCUCUGGCCAAGGGUGCGAUUAUUGGCAUCGUCAUCGGUAUUGUCGCAUUUGUUGUCUUUGCUAUUGUUGCCGUCUAUCUCUGCCGAUUGAAGUUGAAAAGAAAGAAGAUUAAAAAUGAUAGAGACGGCUCUCAAGACAAUGAAAAGAAUAUCAGGGUUGAAAACAGAAGCAAGGAUGUCGAUGUCAGCUACAGUGUCGGCAAUAUCCCAGCCGUGGGCAACAAUAUCGAUAUCUUGAGGGAUAUGGGCCUCCAAGACGAGAUCCACCACGAAACGCUCAGAAAUACUUACAACAACAAUAACACUUCGGAUGCUCCCAGUCGAUUCGGCCCCCACAAUCAGAUAACGCUCGCGGAGAACCUGGCUGCCAACGUUGACGCCAGGUCCGACACCCACAUUGGCGGGAGUCAGUACGAGAUGAACACUGCCAGAACCGUCAUCUCCGAAAAACAGGGCCUGGACAAUUUUAGAAACACGAUCAUCAGCGUCAGCAGCAGUAUGGACGACGAUUAUUAUCAUCGCUCCGACCAACGCGCCUGA